AUGGCGGCGGCGGAGGGCGGCGGGGCCGGCGGCGGCCGGCGGGAGCCGCCGCGGACGCUGCAGGGGCUGCUGGAGAUGGCGCUGGCGGCCGGCGAGGCGCGGCCCGAGCCCCGCCAGCCCCUGCCCGAGGAGAGGCAGCAGUGGCUGCGGCAGGCCGUGUCCCAGGCCCUGGCCGGGCCCGGCGCCGCCCGGGCUGAGCUGCAGCGCUGCCUGCGGCUGCUGGCCCAGCCCUGCCCCGGCCAGGCCGCGGCCGAGAGCGGCCGGGGGGACAGCGGGGAACACGAGGAGGCGCUGGCCGAGCUGGCCGAGCUCUGCGAGAGCCUGGACAAUGCCACGGAUUUCUGCUCCCUGGGCGGGCUGGAGCUGCUGCGGGCGCUGCUGGGGCACGGCCGGGCGCCGCUGCGGGCGGGCGCCGCGCGGGCGCUGGGCGCCUGCGCCCAGAACCUGCCGGGGGGCCUGGUGCGGGCGCAGCCGCAGGGGCUGCAGCAGCUGCAGGAUUUGGGGGGGCUGGAGGCGCUGGGGGCGGCCCUGCAGAGCCCCCAGCCCCCCCUGCGCGCCCGCGCCGCCUUCCUGCUGCACUGCCUGCUCCGCGAGCACCCGCCCCUCUCAGGGCCGCUGCUGCAGCAGGGCCUGGUGGCGCGGGCGGCGGCGCUGCUGCGCUCGGAGCACGACGGCGCCCACGAGCACGGCCUGGGGCUGCUCUGCAGCCUGGCCGCGGGCAGCCCCGAGGGGCUCCGGGAGUGCCGGGACCCCGCGCUGGGGCUGGAGGAGCUGCUGCGGCAGCGCCGGGAGCAGCUGCGGGACCUCGACCAGUUCCAGCUGUUCGUGGCGGAGCAGAGCCCCGAGCCCGUGGCUCGCCAGCUCCUGUUCCUGCUGCUGGCGCUGGAGGCCCCGGAGCGGCCCCGGCCCGCAGCCCGCGCGGCCGCGCUGCUGGAGCUGCUGGGCUCGGGCUCGCUGCGGCCGGGAACGGCGGCGCUGCUGCGGGAGGCGGCGGCCCGGCUGCGCCGCUGGCUCCGCUCCGACCGGCACCGGGACCGGGACCCGCACCGGGACCCGCACCGGGACCCGCACCGGGACUGGGACGCGCCCGCCGACCUCCGCCUCAUGAAGGUCAGAGCCGCCACCGGGCAGCGGGGCGGGACACCGGGACCGACCGGGACCGGGGAUACCGGGACUGACCGGGAACACCGGGACCGACCGGGACCGGGGAUACCGGGAGUGACCGGGAACUCCGGGACCGGGGACACCGGGACUGACCGGGACCAGGGACACCGGGACCGGGGAUACCGGGAGUGA